AUGUCACAAGAUAAUAAUAUAAAUGAUACAACUCCAUUACUAAAUACUACUCAACCAAUACCAGAAAAUCCUAUAAUAUUACCAUCAACCACAACAGCACCAGCAUCCACAACAAAUGAUAAAUCUCUACCGUCUUCAGCUGGUACCAGUUCAUCUUCAACAACCAAGAAACCAUUAUCAGCAGGAUCAACAUCUUCAUCAGCUCAUCACCAUCAACCUUCUCCUCAAUCAAUUAAAUCAAAUAUCAAUAAACAACAAUUAACAAAAUCAAGUAAAAUUGGAUUACAAAGAACGUCAAGAACUUCACAAAAAUUAAAACUUCUUCCUGAAGACCCACCCAAUCUUAAUCGUAUAACCACAUCCAAUGGAAUCACUUCCAAUGAUGAUGAUGAUAAUGAUGACGAUGAUGACGAUGAUAAUGAAGAUGUUGCUACUGAUCCUCAAAGAGCAAGAGUAUAUUCACAAGUUAAAAAAAUCACUGAUAGACCAGCAAGAAAAGAUGCUGAAAUCUUGGGGAAACUGCAUCGAGAUUUAUUACCUAGAGUAACCGCUUAUUGUACUUGUGGAUCUUAUAGAAUGAAAGAUUUAUUACGUUGGUUAAGAGAACGGAAAAGAAUUCAUAAUACAAGUCCUAAAUUAUUUGAUGAAUGUUUAUAUACUCCAUUCACUUAUAAAGAUUGGAGAGGAAGUGGUGAUGAAGCUGGAGGAGAUGAAGCAGCAGGGCAUAAAUUAAUUCGAUUAGCUGAUGAAGGUGGAGAAAUCGAUAUUGGUAAAAAGAAUGAUAUCUUCAUAUUUGAAUAUGGUGUAGUUAUAAUGUGGGGAUAUACAAUUAAAGAAGAACUGGCAUUCUUGGAAGAUUUAGCAAAAUUUGAAUCGGAAAAACUUUCAGAAGAAGAUAUUCAAAUUGAAGAAUUUAAUUAUUAUAUUACAAAAUCUUAUCAACCUAGAAUCUAUAAUGAUUUCAUCACAUUAAGAGAUGAUGAUAAUUAUAUGUUAAAGCUUUCAAUAUCCCAUGCCUUAGCCCAAUCAGUUAAAAUAUCCCUUUUUGAAGAAUUAGUAGAUAAUACUAUUGAAGAUACUCAAGAUAUUCCGCAACAAAUCGCUCAUACAGGGAAAGUAGAAAUGACUCGUGAUGAAAUCAUGAAAUCAAUCGGAGAAUUAUUUAUAUUACGUAUAAAUAUCAAUCUUCAUGGCUCAGUCCUAGAUUCACCCGAAUUAAUGUGGGCAGAACCUCAUUUAGAACCAAUAUAUCAAGCAACUAGAGGAUAUUUGGAAAUUAAUCAACGAGUAGAAUUAUUAAAUCAAAGAUUGGAAGUUAUUUCUGAUUUAUUACAAAUGUUAAAAGAACAAUUGGGUCAUUCACAUGAAGAAAAUUUGGAAUUUAUUGUGGUUGUUUUGGUUGGGGUACAAGUAUUGGUAAGUAUAAUUAAUAUCAUCAUUGAUAUAUUGACUUAUUAG